AUGAAGGCCGUUACAGCGUUCGCACUCCUUGCCGCUGGUGUCCAGGCUGCUCCGCAUUACACCUUCCCAAAGCUCGCAGGCACAUCCGACUGGUCUUCCGUCCGACAGACAGCCAACUUCCAGUCCAAUGGCCCCGUAACCGACGUUAACUCAAACGCGAUCCGAUGUUACCAGAGAGCCGCGGGAGGCGCCCCUGAUACUACGGACGUUAAGGCCGGAGGACAGAUCACUUGGGUUGCUGCUCCGAAUAUUUACCAUCCUGGAGGCAGUAUACAUCGUGAAGGCCUGGACACUCAUGACCUUUAUAUGAAUGAAAUUUAUGCCCUCUCAGCCUACAUGGCUAAGGUGCCCUCGGGCAAGACAGCCGCGGACUUCGACGGUUCCGGAGCCGUGUGGUUCAAGGUAUACCAGGACAUGCCGACGGCGUCGGGCGGCCAGUACACGUGGCCAUCCAACGGAAAAUCCCAAAUCGCCUUCACAAUCCCACAAUGUCUCGCGGACGGAGAAUACCUCUUCCGCAUCGAGCACGUAGCGCUGCACUCCGCAUCAGCCGCCGGCGGGGCCCAGUUCUACAUCUCGUGCGCGCAGGUGCGCGUCAGCGGGGGCUCCGGGUCCGCGCAGCCGAAAGAACUGGUUUCGUUCCCGGGAGCGUAUAAGGCGACGGAUCCCGGGAUCAUGAUUAAUAUUUAUAAUAAUGGGGGGAAGACUUAUCAGCCUGCUGGGCCGGGGGUUUUUAGUUGUUAG